GAGCAGUUCUAUCAAGCAGGUCGAAAGCGAUCGGCCUAUUAGUAAAGGCUGUGAAGUCAAGAGUGUACGUAGAACCAGCAGACAGUGUUUCAUAUAGUCUUUGGCCAACCACGCGUAUGUGCACUCCGUUCGAACUAGUAUCAAGUUUCCAAUAUCAAGUGCAUAUUUUUGCAUAAUUAUCGACUGAAAUGAGCACAAGAUCGCGUUGAACGUCUCUUUGUGUUGCACGGAAGCAGCACGCAAUAAUUAGAACAAACGAAUUACUCAUUGCUUGUGCAAAGUGAAGGAAAAGGACCUAAAUACGACUUUGAAAAUGAAAAUAAAAGUUUUUAUUUGAGGAGCUUCUUUGUGCUGAUGUGAGAGUGUUGUCCGAGAAACAGUUCUGAAGCACUAGGCGUUGGAAGCAGCAUCAGUCUGCUGAGAACUGUGUUUUACAUUGCAUCCCGAGAAGCAACCAUGAGUGCCUAUAGAAAACAUUAAAAGUGUUAUCAUUAAAAGUGAGAUCAAGAAAUAGUAUUUUUCUUUGUUAUAAGUGCAUCGUAACACCAUAGUGCCAAACUAGUGUUAAGUGUAAGAUAGUUGGAUAUAAAGUCGUACAGAAUGUCGAACAAGAAAGGACGGAAAGUUACAAGGACUGAUAGUGAUAUAGCAUGCGAGGAAGCAUCCAGGUUAACGGCCGAUCUACAGGAUGAGGUGUCACCUGAAGAUGACGAUGGAAUGUGUGAAUACCAUGAUAUGCCGCCUCCACCGGAUGGCGGCUACGGGUGGGUGAUUGUGUUUGCGUCGUUUAUGUGUAACAUGAUAGUGGACGGUAUUGCGUAUACCUUUGGUGUGUUCCUGAAUGAAUUCGUGCAGUACUUUGGCGAAGGCAAGGGUACGGUAGCGUGGGUGGGUAGUUUACUUAGUGGAAUGUACUUAAGUGCUGGUCCCGUGGUGUCGGCACUGGCGAACAAAUAUGGCUGCCGGGCAGUCUGUAUAGCUGGUAGUAUAAUCUCCAGCGUGGCAUUUGCUCUCAGUACCUUAAGCCCGAAUGUGACCGUGAUGAUGCUGACCUACGGUGUGAUGGGAGGUAUCGGAUUUGGCUUUAUCUAUCUACCCGCAGUCGUAGCCGUCGGGUAUUACUUUGAAACGAAACGUUCCUUGGCAACCGGCAUCGCCGUUUGUGGUUCCGGUUUCGGUACCUUUGCCUUUGCUCCGCUGGCUAACAUGUUACUAGAGCAUUUCGACUGGAAGAGUUCCACACUAAUAUUAGCUGGUCUAAUAUUGAACUGCGCAAUUUUCGGUGCUAUGAUGAAACCUCUCACCUAUCCAAAGGAAGAUAAGGUUAAACCGUUAAUGCAGCGCAUGUAUGAGGAAAAACGAAUGCAAAUGGAGCGUGGCUCAAUCGGUGGUUCCUACUUCAUGGUGCAGUUACCAGACGGUACGAUGGAAAAAAGACUGAAAGCUCCUUUAAAUGCCGAUCCGGGCGUACAUUCGAGUUUGGCUCUCGAUCAGCUAGCCGCACAACAGGGAAUGACUAAUGUAGCCACUCUGCCUACUAUCACCGAAGCCAAGGUCCAGGAACAAAAUGGCUCCAGUAAUUCUUCAUCCGAGUCCGAGCAUAUAGAAAUGAAGAAACCAUUGCAAAGGAAACGCACUACCAACUCCGAGUCGGAUGCUAACGAUUACAGUAUAAACAAUAUGCCGCGCAACGCAUCACAACCUGCAUUCACCAGUAAUCAGUCGGGUAUUCCAAAGAACGGAUCCGUUCCAACGUUUGAUCGUGUCCGUAAGCAUUCGACAGGUGAAAGAUUCAAGCCAUCCUUAGCUGCCAUUAAAGCAAGCUCUAGAGGUGAUGUUGGUAGUAACGGAGAUGUACGUAAAUCUAUGCAUUUAAAACUGUCACGCGGCUAUGUCAUCGGCAGCAAAAAUAAUAACGCUGAAGAUUUUGAUGAUAGUGUAAUGUAUACGUCCAAGGCCUCUCUGAAAGGUGAUCGCCCGGUAAUGGUUCGUCCGCUGUCCCGUAAGGAUAUCUUCUACUCGGGAUCCGUCACCAACCUGAAGGAGUUCCAGUCGCAAAAGUCACUCACCAACUAUCGCAACUCUGUGAUUUCGUUGACCAAGUUCGAGCGUGAUCACAGAAGUGAUGUUGCCCGUGAUGAUUUGGAGAAAGGAUCUGAACAGUACUCCCUCUGUCCGUGUUUUGUGCUUCCCGAAUCCUUCAAGAAUGCCAUCGGAGCAAUGAUGGAUAUGAGCUUACUCAAGGAUCCGGUAUUCAUGAUGAUUGCCAUUUCGAACAUUUUCGGCAUGGCUGGACUGUACGUCCCCUUCGUGUACUUAGUAGAUGCGGCUGUGCUCGAUGGAAUUGAACAAAAUUCCGCCUCGUUCCUUAUUUCCAUAAUCGGUAUUACUAAUACCGUUGGUAGGAUUGUUUGUGGUUACGUUGCUGAUUUCCCUAGUGUAGACGCCUUGUUCAUGAACAAUGUUUGCCUUGUAAUUUCUACGUUUGCCGUGUCUUUGACGCCGUUCUGUCAUACUUAUCCUGCGUACGUAGCGAUGGCGAUUGCCUUUGGAAUUGCAGUUGCUGGUUACAUCUCGUUGACGUCAAUUAUUCUGGUAGACUUGCUGGGGCUAGAUAAGCUUACAAAUGCCUUUGGUUUGCUGAUCCUUUUCAGAGGGGCUGCCACAAUCGUUGGCUCACCCUUGGCUGGAGCACUCUACGAUGCGACAAAGACGUAUUCGAUUCCGUUCUUCGUUGCGGGUGGCUUAUUUGGCCUGUCGGCCAUAUUCAGUUUUGCUGCACCGGCAAUGAAAAGAUUCCGCAAGCAAGAGGAAGCACCCGUCCACGUUGAGGUGCUCACACCGAUCGAUGAGGAGCCAUCAGAAGACCUAGCCGACGACGACCAGCCCAUCACAAUGGUACCAAAGAUUGUCCAAACUGCACCGAGUCCAUCCACGGAACAACCACCAAUAACUUCCAAUACAAUCAACAAUGAUCAGCGGAAGCAGAAACAGGCAGCCACCAAUGGUAACAGCAAGGAAAUCAGUCAGAUGGAAUCUGUGCUGUAACCGUUGCGUCCCCUUGUAGGUGUACUGUACACGUGAUCAUCUCACACAACACAAACGAAACACGAGUUUAUGCGCGCUUGUGCUUAGAAUUGUACAUUUAAGGUUUAGGACGAACGUGUUUUGAUUAUGUUAUAUUUAAUUGAAACAGAGCAAACAAAAUAAAACAGUGUCAUACAGUGGAAAAAAGUUGUCUGUGAGGAUACCAAUCAGAGUAUAUUAGGAUCAAGUAAAACAAAUUGCUAGCUAAACUAAGAGCGAGGUGUGAUUCUACUGUGUGUAACUUUUGUAUGCGUUAUAUAUUUUUAUGAUUGUUCAGUUUUGACACAGCUGCUAAAUAAUGACCGAAUUAUUAAGGACGUAGUUAUGCAAAGCUAGUUAACGCGAAACAUCCAAAUCUGAAGCCAAUGUUUACACUAAAAACAAUUUGAUAGAGAAAAACUGAUAAAAAUGUAAAACAAGAGUAUUAAUUGGUUCUAGGUGUAUAUAGAAAGAGUGUGUGUAUAAAUGAAACGUGGAUGCGGUGGAUGCGAAUUAAGUUUACUAAAUGAUAGGGUGUAUCAAAAACUAAAGUUAUAUAGCUGUUUUAGGAUUCUACACAAAAGAGUCGACAAAGAACAGUGUCAUUUAAAUGGCAAGAUGUACUAGAAAGCUAAUGCAAAAUGAGCGAGCAUUCUUCUUUUUUUCCUGUAGGAUAUAUGAACUAUUGCAAAAUUGUUUUGAUAUUAGAUUAACAAGUUUAUUGGAGAACAAAGCCAAUUCACUUUACCAGUAGCCGCUGUAACGAAUUCUGAAAAAACAAACACAUAGCUAUAGUAUUGCUACCAGUAUAAAGCGCCAAUGAAAACUGUAGCCAGCUUUGUUCGUCGUGCAUAAGAUUAAAUUAAUAUAAAUUGUGAAAGACAUAUUUUACAAUCGAAACUCUAUUUCUACUCACUUUAUUUAAUUGAAAGAAUAAAAUAAAAACUCCUUCAAUUUUUAAAAUUUACCAACGUAACGCUUGUUGAUACAUAUCAAAAUAUAAUUGAAUAUUAUUUUGUGAUUUAAGCCCGUUUAAAACUAUUAUUCUACCCAAUAAAUGAUGCUAUCAAUCCAAAAUUGGAGAAAAAUAUAUCGUAAACGUAGUUUCCUCCCUGAGAUUUUCCAAAACUAUGCACGGCGAACGAUCUGAUGAACAAGGCUUCGUAGAAGCCAAUACUUCUUGAACAAACGCUUAUAACAUCAAUCGGAUGAAAAAAUGCUGAGAAUAUCGAAUGUAAAACGUUUGUUGAAAAAGCGAAUGAGUAAACGAAACACAAAGCUA